UUUCUGGCAACAUUGCCAUGAUUGUCAAAAUUGAAAUGUCAUUUCAUAUGGGACAUGUCUAAGAGUUCUCAAUUUACAAAAAAUACAAAUUGUAAUAUUUGUGAGCAGUUUUCAGAGUAAUUACAAAAGCAUAAAAGUAAAACGACCACGAAUUAUGGCAGGAAUAAUGUCAACAAUAUUACAGCCUCUAAAGCUCGUAAGGAACACUCUGCAUGCGAUCUCGACAGCAACAACACCUGUCAGUACUAGUUUAGUGCAAGCAGAAACUCCCACGUUUUCAGCAAUAAGAACGAAGGUGCGUUGCUACUUUCCUCGACCAAACGAAGUAAGGAGAGUUCGCAGACAUGGUUGGCAGACAAGAAUGUCGACACCUAACGGGCGCAAAACAAUAAUGAGGCGGCUGCUAAAAGGGCGAUUUGUUCUUUCUCAUUAGCAGUAAUGUGAAUUAUUAGGUAUUUUAAACUAUAAAAAUAAACAAUUGAGUAAUAUAGUAUAGUGUUAAAAGUAAAUACACAAUGAAUAAAUAUAAUAAA